CAUGUAUUUUAUACAUUCAUUAAUCACUAUCGAAUUCAGUAGUGAUUGGAAGUGUCAUACAUACUAUCGGUUUACAUAUCGGAGGGCAGUUAUAACAUUUAAUUUCGCAAAUGAGUCACUAAAAUGUGUUUUUAAACAAAUGUAAACUAACUAAAGUCAGUCUUCAUUGGAUUUUAUUAAGAAUUAAGAGGUCAAACGAUGUCGCUCGUCUGUGCGAGUGUUUUUGUUGUUGUCUUUUUGAUUGAGGGCAUUUGGUCACAUGCAGGAAUUUCUCAAUGUGGUAGAGUGCAUCUGACCGUAUCAUCACAAGACUCUUACUUGGAAAUGAACUGGAUAACUAACUGUGUUAAUGGCGAAGAUAUUCCUGAAUUUAUUAUACUUUCUAGUAAAAAUGUACAAGACAGAGAUGAAGAUCAUGAAGUCCUCAAAAUGAUUAAAAACUCCGAUUAUCCUAGUGGUUACUUCAAAACCAAAAUAAAAUUCGGAGAGCCAUGGCUUCCAGGUGGAUGGGAAUACAACGAUCAAACCGUAAAAGCAGAUCCAGGACCACACUGCUUCCCUUUUUGGAUAUCGUCAAUAACUAAAAAUUUCACCAUCGAUUCUAGAUGUUUGAGUAUACAACCUACUUGGAUGUCCGAUAAUAGGCAAUAUUUAGGAAACCAAAAAAUAGCAUCUUUAUUAAUUCCUGGAACACAUAAUUCGGGUUCGUAUAAAGGAGUGCCGGGUUUUUUGGAAAAUUAUGUCCUUAAUCAAGACCGAAGUAUUUGGACGCAACUGGUUUUUGGAAUCAGGUAUUUGGACUUCAGGAUAGGAUACUAUGGAAGAGAAGGAUUCUAUAUCAAUCAUGACUUAAUACGAGUUACCAAAGUCCGUCCAUUGUUUCAAGAAAUUAAAAAAUUUUUGCAGCUGGCUCCAAACGAAAUUGUUAUUUUAGACUUCCAUAGAUUUCCAUAUCCGACUAAUUUUACUUUGGACUUACACAGAAAGUUUAUAGAAAUCGUAUACGAAGAAUUAGGAACGUUUGCCGUACCAUCCACAGAUAUGAGGGGCGGAAAAGGCCCAUCGCUGAAUGAAAUUUGGGCCAAGAAUAAGAAUUUAAUAAUUUGUUAUGGAAAUAGAGGAGCAGUGCAAGAUAGUUACUGGCUGUGGAACCCUAUACCUCAGUAUUGGGCGAACACAAAAAGCGUCUCAUCACUGAAACAAUACAUUCAAAAAUCAAUUGUUGAACACAGUCAAGCCAGUACAAUCAAUCCGUUAUGGGCACUAAUGGCCGAACUAACCCCCCAACCUCUCGAUGUUGUAUUCGGAACCAACAAUUUAAGGAAAUUGGCUCAAAAUGUUAACAGUUUGUUGACACAGUGGUUCAGAGACGAAUGGAGUACAAAUACAAAUGUUGUUGCUACAGACUUUUUCUUAGGCAAUAAUAUGAUUAAUGUUGCUAUAGAAAUUAAUACUAGGGUUAAAUCGUAAUAAUUUUAGAUGAUUUGUUGAUCAUUAUUUUUUUAAUAAACUGAGUAAUAAUUGAA